AUGAGGUGGUAUGGAGUCGUUUCCAUCUUGACGUCGCUGCUGCUACCGGUCACAGCAAUCUUUGCCGACGAUGCGUUCCACAUAGAUUUCCACCACGCUCUUCUGGGCAGCCCGCAGUCAUCCACGACCUUUUUCCACAAACCGCACUCGAACACGAACGCCUCUCUUCUCUACACCGUUUCAGACAAGGCCGUUCUAGGCGCUAUAAAUCCAAAAGAUGGAUCAGUACUAUGGCGUCAGUCGCUGGCUGGGCAGCUGGUGAAUAAUGCCUCGACUUCAUACCUCGUUACGGCCGAGAGAGAUGGCCAACUGGUGAGCGGAUAUGAGAGAACAGUCGCGUGUUGGGAUGGGCUGGAUGGAAGACUUGUCUGGGACUACACCAUUCCUGAAGGUACAAAGAUAGGAGGGUUGCAGGCUGUGAGCGGCGCAGAGCCUGUCACGGGCAGAAUUACGCAGGACUAUGUGGUUUUGGCCUUGCCGGUCGAUCCCACCGCACAUAUCACUAUCAUUCGGCUGGCAGGCGAUGGAAGUGCAGCAAGAUGGCAUCAUGUCGACACAAGCACACCGCAUGGAACUCCCGCUUCCGUUGCAGUAUCCGCGGAGCACAUUUACUACAUCACAACAUCCCACGGCUUAUUGACCAGCAAUAAGGCGACCAUUAUCACCCUUGACAGAGCCAAGGGGAAAGAAGUCAGCCAGACGAGUGCUCCCAUCGACUCGGAGCCGUUGGGGACAAAUGGGCAGUAUGUUGCAGCCAUAGGCUCGAAUUCCCCAUUCUUGAUCUCCACCGACAAGUCGUUCAAGUCAUUCAAAUUCAGUCUUCUCGACAGCCCGAAGGUUUCGACAUUGGUAUUGGAUGAUAAGGGUGACGACAUCGAGGAUAUUACUGUUAUUCACCCAUGCCACGCAGCCGCGGCGCCUCACUUCUUGCUUCACAUCAAAGGUAAAACUCGGCAGUGGGCGGAAGUUUAUCACAUCAACACCAAAACAGCCGAUGUCACGAAAGCCUACUCACUACCCGCGACAGCAGAGGAAAGUUUCUUUGCCGCAGGCAACAUUGAAGAGACGGUAUUCUUCACUCGCUCUACCGAAAUGGACGUCUCGCUCUACUCGUCCGCGUCCCACGGCCAACUAGCACGAUGGAAGAAACCCAACUUCAAAACUUCCCCUGGCAACCUCAAGCCACAUGCCACCGUUGAGGUCGUCAGCAGGGGCAAAUCGAGUUACGCUGUCCGAGUUGCUGAGUUCUCUUCUAGUGGCGAUUGGUCAUUAGUCCGUAAUGGAGAGCUACAAUGGAGCAGGCCUGAGAUGUUGGCCUACGCUAAAAUUGCUGCCUGGGAUGAGAAUGGAGCUCCAGAUGCGUUGGCUGAGGAACUUGACCUCGAGUCAUCUGUCAACCCAUUGACCGCCUACAUUCAUCGCCUCAAACGGCACCUGCACGAUCUUGCCAGUCUGCCCAACUAUUUGCGAAGCAUCCGUGAUACCAUUCUGCAAUCAUCUCCCGAAGUUGAUGCUACGGCUCGCCGAAGCCUUGUCGGAAGCAAAUCAAUCGUGCUUGGGACCAGCCGAAAGGAAGUCAUUGCCCUUGAUGCGACGCCGCCAGGCCUUCUUCGGUGGCAAGCAGAUCUUUCCGCCGAGAUCUCUGGAGACAAUGAGAUGAGAUCCAUCGGAGUGGACAGUGGGAGAGUUUCCAUAUACUUGUCCGAAGGCUCUUUGAUUGUCCUCAACUCGACUACCGGAGCUCUCAUCGAACAUCAGUCAGGCUCUAUUCCGGUGGCCCAGCUCAUUCACAUCCCUGGCAGCCCUUCACCAGCCGUCAUCAAGGUCGGCGCAGAUGGCGUGCCUCAUCCCGCAACAGAUUUCGCGCCUAAUACUGCUGUAGAAGGAAACAUCGUCGUCACCUUGAGCCCAGAGGGAAAAGCAGUCGGCUGGACUAUCGGUCAAGAUGUCGAAAAGACAUGGAUCCUCCAGCCACAGCCGGGCUUCAAGAUCAUCAGUGCCAUUUCCCGCGCCUCACAUGACCCUGUCGCCUCCAUUGGCCGGGUCCUGGGAGACAGAUCCGUGCUCUACAAAUACCUCAACCCCAAUAUCGCGCUCCUACUGGCAACCUCCGACUCCGGCUCAUUGACAAUCUACCUCGUCGACGCGAUCACCGGUGCAGUCCUGCAUACCGCCACCCACAACGGCGUUCUAUCUGAUCGCAUCAUCCCUGCCGUUCUCUCUGAAAACUGGCUCACCUACACCUUCACGUCAUUCGAUCCCUCGACAUCCGGCAUCUCCCACCAACUCGUGAUCUCAGAACUCUACGAAUCCUCUGCUCCCAACGACCGCGGCCUCCUCUCCAGCCUCCCCACCAAUUACUCCGCCUUCGCACCCGACGCCGCAGCAGCGCGUCCGCACGUGAUUUCUCAAGCCUUCACCCUCGCCGAACCGAUCUCCCAUCUCGCCGUCACCCAAACCACACAGGGAAUAACCUCGCGCCAACUCCUCGCCACGCUCCCCCACUCCAACGCCAUCGUCGGGAUCCCGCGAGAGCUUCUCGACCCUCGUCGCCCCAUCGACCGCGACGCAAACACCACAGAGCGAGAGGAGGGUCUCCUCCGGUACACUCCGGUACUGGACCUGAAUCCGCAGUGGUACCUGACGCACGCGCGCGAGGUGGUUGGCGUGGAGUCCGUGCUCUCGAGCCCCAGUCUCCUCGAGUCGACGAGCGUGGUGUUUGCGUACGGGCACGAUAUCUUCGGCACGACGGUGACGCCGUCGAUGGCGUUCGACGUGCUGGGCAAGGGAUUCAACAAGGGUCAGUUGGUGCUUACUGUGUUGGCGUUGGGGGCUGGAGUCAUGGCGCUGAGGCCGUUGGUUAGGAGAAAGGCGAUCGAGGGGCGGUGGAAGGCGUGA